AUGCCUCGUGUUCCCGUUAUUGGCAGGCUCUUCUGGAGCGAGUACCUUGCGCUGUUCGGAUCUUUGAUAUUCAUAUUCAUUGAAGGGAUUCUACACCUGAUAACGUCCUUUUUGCCUCAGCCUGUGAUCGGGUUCUUUUACAGGCAGUCGAAGCGGCUAUUCCACGGGCUGUCGCCGCAGCAGCACCACAUAAAACACCGAGAUUUUUCCUCGUCGGUCGCCAAGGCGGCGGAUUUUGUCGAUCUAUGUGCUCUGUUUGGAUACGAGGCCGAGGAGCACAUUGUGCAAACCGGCGAUGGGUACUUACUUGGCCUGCAUCGGAUAUCAUGUAAGAAAAGCGAACGGGGGAGGCAGGUGAACAGCGGUGAGGGAAGUAUCCGCAAGCGGGUGGUGUACCUGCACCACGGGCUUCUGAUGAACAGCGAGGUUUGGGUGUGCCUGUCGGAGGAAGAGCGCUGUCUGCCGUUCACGCUGGUCGAGCAGGGCUACGAUGUGUGGUUUGGCAACAACCGCGGAAACAAGUACUCGAAGAAGUCGAUCAGCCACUCGCCGUCGUCGACGGCGUUUUGGAACUUUUCCAUGGACCAGUUUGCCUUCCACGAUAUCCCGGACAGCAUUGACUACAUUCUGUCGGUGACGUCGCAGGCGUCGCUGUCUUAUAUUGGGUUUUCGCAGGGGACGGCGCAGGCCUUUGCCACGCUCUCGAUUCACCCGGGGCUGAACCAGAAGGUGGAUGUUUUCAUUGGGCUGGCGCCGGCGAUGUCGCCGGCGGGGCUGCACAACGGGGUGGUGGAUUCGCUGAUCAAAGCGUCGCCGGACAUAAUAUUCCUGGCGUUUGGGCGGCGGAGCAUUCUGAGCUCGGCGACGAUGUGGCAGGCGAUCCUGUACCCGCCGAUAUUCGUGCGGAUCAUCGACAUGUCGCUGUCGCUGCUGUUCAACUGGACGGGGGCGAACAUCAGCGUGCGGCAGAAGCUGGCGGCGUACGCGCACCUGUACUCGUACACGAGCACGAAGUCGGUGGUGCACUGGUUCCAGAUCAUCCGCAACCAGAGCUUCCAGAUGUACGACGACGACGCGGGGCCGACGCUCAACCUCGUCGGCGGGGCGGCGCGGUACUACAAGCCGGCCAAGUUCCCGACGCGCAACAUCCGCACGCCCAUCGUGCUGGUGUACGGCGGCAGCGACAGCCUGGUGGACAUCGAGGUGAUGCUGCGGGCGCUGCCGGCGCACACGACGGCGACGCGCAUCGCGCACUACGAGCACCUGGACCUGCUGUGGGCGCGCGACGUGCACGCGCUGGUGUUCCCGCGCGUACUAGAAGCGCUGCGCGCGCAUCACCGCCCGGCACUGCCCAACGGGCUAGCAACGACGAUGGCGGCGGUGGCCGGGGAAGGGGGCUCGGUUGCGAGCGGCGACAUGGGUGGCUGA